AUGUCGCGCUUGCACGGCCGUAAUAGAAGCAAGGACUUCGAGCCUUUCCUCUCCAAACACGCCAUCGAACACGACCCCGAAGAAAAUCCAGCAAAUAUACCAUCGAGCGAUGACGAAGCGAGCAACGCCACCGCCGAGAGCUUCGACGGCCGUGAACACUAUGCGUCAGUCUCCAAGAGCACCUUACGCAAGUCGAGACCGGUCGCCCUGGGACCACGAUACUCUGGAAAUAAGGUCGCGAGGGCCGCGCUAGAUGUGGCGAGUGAAGAUGAUGGAGCAGAGGAUCACGAGAGCGAGGAAGACGUCAGCAGUGGGGAUGCUGAACGGGAUGCGACGGAAAGCCUAUCAGAUGAGAUAGGAUCUAGUGACACAGAGGAAUCCAUGUCGGUCGCUUCGUCCGAUGCUGAUGUCCCCGGGCACCAAACUCUCAACGGCGUCGACCAAGAGUCGCAACGGCAUCGAGCCCAAGCUGAGCUCCGAGAUAUGCUACAUCGCGAGCAGAAUGGUUCUGCCACGGCUUCACUGGCGCAAGCCAAGAGGGAGGACAUCGAGAAGGGGAAGGGCGUCAAGCGUCAACGUGCAACCUACGACUCCUUUUUAAGCACACGAAUGAAGCUCCAAAAGACCUUGGUAGCGGUCAAUACUCUGGUUGGUUCACACGUCGAUCAAGCGACCGACGCGCGUGGAAAUCUCCGAGAAGCCUACGAGGCCGCGGAGCUGGCUGCAUUUACGCUGUGGGACUCGCUUGAUCGCCUACGCGAUCAGAUGAGUACGGCAGGGGCAGGUGGGGAUUCUCCAGCUGAGCGGUUCUCAUUAGAGAGCACGACCGCCGAUCUCUUCGCUCACUGCCUCACCCAAGAGCGCGACGCGCGACCCGCUCGGGACGCAGUGCUGCAGAAAUGGUCGAAAAAGGUUCAAGGUCCGGUUCUGCAGUCCGACCGGGGUCGACUCAAUCAGGAGCGGCAAGCCACCAUCGUUGAUGUGCUACAGGAACAGCUGUCGAAUGUCGACCGCUUGGUGAGAAAGACGCACGCGCCUCGGUCAUGUGCACCGGUACAGUCCUCACAGCGCAUCACGGAAGAUCCGAAGAUUUACGACGACGCCGACUUUUAUGGUCUGCUUCUCAAGGAAUUGCUCGAGCAGAAGAGCCAUGACUCGGUAGCAGCAUCAAGCAUCGACAUUGGCUUCCAGAUGCGGCGAGAAAACAAAACCAAACGCAAUGUUGAUACGAAGGCGAGCAAAGGCCGCAAGAUACGUUACACCAUCCAGGAGAAGCUACAGAACUUCAUGGCUCCAGAGAUGCGCGGUACAUGGGAGGAACGUCAGACUGACGAACUCUUUGGUAGUCUGUUUGGCUACCGGACGGGUCUUGCGGAGGUCGACGAUGCGCCGUCUGCCGAGGAAGAUUUCGACCCGCUGGAAGCAGGACUGGUGAUGUUCCGAAAUCAUGCGGGCACAUGA